AUGGGCGAUCUCAUUGACACCUUGCUCAGCCAUCUCGCUCUCGAGGAGGACGAAUAUUGGGAUGAAGAAAACGAUCGCCUGCAGAAUGCAGGCCUCUCUGGGACUGCAAUCUACUUGGAAGCACAAGAAAAUCGGCGGCACCGCUCAGAGAACCGCAAACGCCUUUACCUCAUCCGAAAUGAACUGCUCCCAAAUCCACGAGAAGGAACACCAUGGCAGCGCUUGCAUAGCAGCUCAAGUGAUCGCGGAUUUAUUACGACUAUGGGAAUUGAUGUCAGUACAUUUGAGUACCUCCUCCAAUCUGGUUUCGCUCUCCUUUGGAACACUACACCCAUCCCCCGGCCUGAUCAGCCUAUGACAGCCCCGCCUCGGGUGAAUAGUCGAUCCCUUGAUCCUGCUGGAGGCUUGGGGCUGAUCCUUCACUACCUCAAUUCGACAAUGCGCGACGUUAGCUUAAUGGAGAUCUUUGCUCUCAUUCCCAGCACCGUCAAUCGCUACCUUGACUUCUGCCUCGACAUUCUUCUUUCAGUGCUGCGACAAAUUCCCGAGGGUGUUAUCAGGUGGUUAGAAGGAGAUGAAUUCCAGGAGAACAACUCUCUUAUUGUAGCCCGACACCCCCUCCUCAUGGGGGCAUUUGGUACCAUGGAUGGCCUCAAUCUCCCUGUCCAGGAAUCACCCGAUCAAGAGAUCGAGAACGCGACUUUCAAUGGAUGGCUCCAUGAACACUUCGUGAGUUCUGUCAUUGCUUUUGGAGCUACUGGUAUGUAA